AUGCCCGAAGAAAAGGGCCUUGUCUUGGCAACAGGAAAACGAAAAAGUAGUAAAGCGACAGUGAAGAUCAUCCAGGGAAAUGGACAAGUGUUUGUGAACGGCAUUCCCCUGGCCUCAUAUUUCCAACGCCUCGCCCAUAGACGACAUGCUAUAUAUCCUUUGGUGGCUACCGAAACUCUUAGUAAAUUUAAUGUUUGGAUGGUCGUCCAUGGUGGUGGACCAACUGGUCAGAGCGGAGCUAUCCAUUCUGCAGUUUCAAGAGCACUGAGGAUACAGAACGCUCUCCUAGAAGGUCCUCUACGUCAAGCCGGCUGUGUCGAAAAUGACAAGCGUAAGGUAGAGCGGAAAAAGACCGGUCAACCAAAGGCAAGAAAGAAGUAUACCUGGGUCAAACGUUAA